AGCAGCAGCAGCAGCAGCAGCAAACGCAGCAGGCGAAGGCGCCGGCUUGGAGAGGCUGGUGGCUUCGUGGUCUCUCUCUUCUCUCUCCCCCUAGCAGCAGCGCAGAGGCGGAGGAGGGGGGAGAUGGCCGAGAAGGGUGACAAUCUGGAGGCCGUGCUCAACGAGUCCGUCGAUCUCGAGAACAUACCGUUGGAGGAGGUGUUCGAGCACCUGCGAUGCAACCGCGAGGGCCUCACCUCCGCCAAUGCCGAGCAGCGCCUCAACCUCUUCGGCCCCAACAGGCUCGAGGAGAAGAAGGAGAGCAAGUUCUUGAAGUUCUUGGGGUUCAUGUGGAACCCACUGUCCUGGGUCAUGGAGGCCGCCGCAAUCAUGGCCAUCGCUCUCGCCAAUGGAGGAGGGAAGCCGCCGGACUGGCAGGAUUUCGUGGGCAUCAUUACACUGCUCAUCAUCAACUCCACAAUCAGUUUCAUUGAGGAGAACAAUGCCGGCAAUGCCGCCGCCGCUCUCAUGGCUCGCCUCGCCCCCAAGGCCAAGGUUCUUAGAAAUGGAAGAUGGAGUGAAGAGGAAGCAGCCAUCCUUGUGCCGGGGGACAUCAUCAGCGUCAAGCUUGGAGAUAUCAUCCCUGCUGAUGCCCGUCUCCUUGAGGGUGAUCCGUUAAAGAUUGAUCAGUCUGCGCUUACCGGUGAGUCCCUUCCGGUGACCAAGGGCCCUGGAGAUGGAGUGUACUCUGGCUCCACAUGCAAGCAGGGUGAAAUCGAGGCUGUUGUCAUUGCAACCGGUGUGCACACGUUCUUCGGCAAGGCCGCACAUCUUGUCGAUUCGACAAACCAAGUUGGCCAUUUCCAGAAGGUUCUGACUGCCAUCGGGAACUUCUGCAUCUGUUCAAUUGCUAUUGGAAUGGUUGUAGAGAUUAUUGUCAUGUACCCCAUCCAACACAGGGAUUACCGACCAGGGAUUGACAAUCUUUUGGUGCUUCUGAUUGGAGGAAUUCCCAUUGCCAUGCCCACUGUUCUUUCUGUGACUAUGGCAAUCGGGUCACACCGCUUGGCUCAGCAGGGAGCAAUUACAAAGAGGAUGACAGCUAUUGAGGAAAUGGCUGGUAUGGAUGUUCUUUGCAGUGACAAAACAGGAACACUAACCUUGAACAAGUUGACUGUGGAUAAGAGUCUUAUUGAGGUUUUCCAAAGAGGUGUUGACCAGGAUACUGUCAUACUAAUGGCUGCCAGAGCUUCACGUACCGAAAAUCAGGAUGCCAUAGAUGCCACAAUAGUUGGUAUGCUUGCUGAUCCAAAAGAGGCUCGUGCUGGUAUUCAAGAGGUUCAUUUUCUGCCAUUCAAUCCAACUGACAAAAGGACUGCUUUAACCUACAUUGAUGGUGAGGGGAAAAUGCACCGUGUAAGCAAGGGAGCACCAGAACAGAUCCUUAAUCUUGCACACAACAAAACUGAGAUUGAAAGAAGAGUCAGAGCUGUAAUUGACAAAUUUGCUGAGCGUGGCUUGCGAUCACUUGGUGUGGCAUACCAGCAAGUGCCAGAUGGUAGGAAAGAAAGUCCUGGAGGACCAUGGCAAUUUGUUGGGCUCUUGCCACUUUUUGACCCUCCUCGACACGAUAGUGCAGAAACAAUCAGGAGGGCACUCAACCUUGGUGUCAAUGUUAAAAUGAUUACAGGUGACCAACUUGCAAUAGGCAAGGAAACAGCACGCCGCUUGGGAAUGGGUACUAAUAUGUAUCCCUCAUCUGCUUUACUGGGACAAGAUAAGGAUGAAUCAAUUGUGGCUUUGCCAGUUGAUGAAUUAAUUGAGAAAGCUGAUGGCUUUGCUGGAGUCUUUCCUGAGCACAAGUAUGAGAUUGUGAAACGCUUGCAAGCAAGAAAACAUAUAUGUGGUAUGACUGGAGAUGGUGUGAAUGAUGCUCCCGCUUUGAAGAAGGCUGAUAUUGGCAUUGCUGUGGACGACUCGACUGAUGCAGCCCGUAGUGCCUCCGAUAUUGUCCUAACUGAGCCAGGCCUUAGUGUGAUUAUUAGUGCUGUGCUUACAAGUCGAGCAAUUUUCCAGAGGAUGAAGAAUUACACUAUUUAUGCUGUUUCAAUUACAAUUCGUAUUGUGCUUGGUUUUAUGCUUCUUGCUCUGAUAUGGAAGUUCGAUUUCCCACCAUUUAUGGUCCUGAUCAUUGCCAUCCUCAAUGACGGUACCAUAAUGACCAUUUCAAAGGACAGAGUAAAACCAUCCCCACAACCUGAUAGCUGGAAGUUAUCUGAGAUUUUUGCAACUGGGGUCGUCCUUGGUAGUUACUUGGCCAUGAUGACAGUCAUUUUCUUCUGGGUAGCAUACAAGACUGAUUUCUUCCCGAGAGUGUUUCACGUUGAAAGCCUUGAAAAGACUGCUCAGGAUGACUUUCAGAAGCUUGCAUCUGCUGUCUAUCUUCAAGUCAGCACAAUCAGCCAGGCCCUCAUCUUCGUAACUCGGUCUCGCAGCUGGUCAUUUGUGGAGCGCCCAGGAUUCUUGUUGGUUUUUGCUUUCUUUGUAGCUCAACUGAUUGCUACUCUGAUUGCUGUAUAUGCCAACUGGGGAUUCGCUUCAAUCAAGGGCAUUGGAUGGGGCUGGGCUGGUGUCAUCUGGCUCUACAACAUCGUCUUUUACUUGCCACUGGACAUCAUCAAGUUCCUGAUCCGUUAUGCGUUGAGUGGGAGGGCAUGGGAUCUUGUUCUUGAGCAAAGGAUUGCUUUCACAAGGAAGAAGGAUUUCGGCACACAAGAAAACCAGCUCAAGUGGGCGACUGCUCAGAGGACCAUCCAUGGGCUCCAGCCAGCCGCCACCGCGGCUGUCUUCCGCGACAUGACAAGCUACAACGAUCUCAACCAGCUUGCAGAAGAGGCCCGUAGGAGAGCCGAAAUCGCAAGGUUGAGAGAGCUGACCACCCUGAAGGGGCGGAUGGAGUCGGUGGUGAAGCAGAAGGGCUUGGAUCUUGAGACCAUCCAGCAGUCAUACACCGUGUGAUUAACAGAGAAUCUCCAAUAUAUAUAUUUAUUAUAUACUAUUUAUAAUGUGCUAGGCCACAACAAUAAUUUACCUGGAUGAUGAUGAUUGAGCGGAUUUCCAGUGUCGGUGCGGUGCUAAUCGCUAGAGUUCAUCCCCCAUCUAUCUUGUGUCCAUUAACCACCCCCGGCAGAUGGGCUUGCAUUGAGAUACUAUAUACAAACUCUUUUUACUACUAGAUGAUAUAAUAGUUCAAUUUUGUUUUGUCA